AUGUGGCAGAGAAGACAGGGUUGGUGUCAUUGUUUUCGAAAUAAACUGUGCAAUAGGGGCCAUAAUACGAACAAUUUAGUAGAAGUAUCAAUAAGAGUAUUUAAGGAUUUGGUACUACGAAGAUGUAAGGCUUUCAACACAGUAUCCUUAGUAGAAUUUAUCUCAUUAUCACUGGAAGACUUCUACAAAGAAAAAUUGUUGCGUUAUGCUAGCUCCAGGGAUAACAAAUUGUUAAUUUAUUUUACGAAAUUUUGCAAAAAAUCGGUUGAUCUUCGUGGUGUGAAAGUGUCUGAAGAUCAGUUUACAGUUACUUCAGCUGCAGAUGAGACACUUUUGUACCAUACAAAGUUGGAAGUGUGUGACUGUCCAGAAGGGGCAGGAGGGAAAUUUUGCAAGCAUCUGUGCGCUGCAUAUGAUACUGGUGUGCCGAUGCACAACGUUCCUAAUAUUAAAUAG